AGAGAGAGAACGAGAGAGAGAGAGAAAGAGAGAGAGAGAGAAAGAGAGAGAGAGAGACAUGGACGCAGACACCAAGAGAAAAAGAGACAGACACGGACACACAGAGAGACGCAGACACUCAGAGAAAGAGAGAAACAGAGACAGGGACAGAGAGAGAGACGGGGACACGGACACCCAGAAAGAGAGAGACGCGGAUGUGGACACCCAAAGAGCGACAUAG